AUGGUAUUCCUCAUUAUUAUCAGCCAUCAUUUACAUGUCCCUAUGUUCUUUUUUCUCUGCAAUUUAGCAUUUAUUGAUUUUUUUUAUUCUACAAACUCCAUGCCAAGUAUUCUGGUGGACUUGCUUUCAAGUAGAAGAGUUCUCUUUACUUGGCUGCUUAGCUCAAGUUCAUGUUGGCCUGUUUCUGGGAAAUUCAGAGAGUGUUUACUCAUGUACAUGGCUUAUGAUCGAUACAAUGCCAUCUGUAAUCCCUUUGUUUGGAUCUAUAGUUUUGUGAUCUCUUUAGUUCUGGGACUUCUACAGCCAAUGAGGGUGUGUUACCCCAACAUAAUCAACCAUGUGUCCUGUGAAGUUCUUGCAGUAAUUAAGUUGUCCUGUGACAACACAGAGAAAAAUUAA